CGGACACGGACAGUUUCCUGACGUAUGGGGUUAUAGUUUCGCAGAAAUGGAGAAAAUCAUUCUGAUAUUAAUGGUCAUAAUAGCCGGUGCGGUGUACAACGCCGGCGCCUACACCAGCGGCCCGCGAUUUUGCCCAAAAAUUAGCCAUAGUGUGAAAACGGGCCAGUAUUUAAUUGGCGAACAACACGAAAAGAAGGCAUGCGGCUGUUAUCAGGCUUGUGAGGAUCUGGGUGACGAAUGUCAGAUGUGGACGUUUCAGAAACGUGGACGUACAUGCAGACUGUACAGAGAUUCUAACACAAAUGCCACAGUUGGUAAAGGAACUUACGGUAUGAAAAAUGAUGUGUGUCGGCGUAAUGACAAUAAAAAUAGAAAAGGGGGAAGCAUGGGAAUAAGAGCAAAGAAGGAAAAAUCAUGCGACUGUCACGAUUUCUGUGUUGCAACCAGAAACUGUGUUGCGUGGAGUUGGCACAAGAUAAGUAAACUAUGUCGUCUAAAGAACGAAGCCAACAAGCCAACAAAAAGCCGAAGAUAUGUGUCAGGCACAAUAUAAAUAAAAGGACAUCAAAUUUUGGAAGAUCGAUGUUGGAGCAGUCAUCUUUAUUACUACACGAAAAAGUAUAUGAUAUAGUGAAUAGGAACCAGUCAGUAAUAAUACUGAGUUAUGUAUAAUAUAUAAAUAUUAUAAAUGACAAAAAUUUAUGUAUAGAUUAGUAAUUAGCAUUGGUAUUGGGUGUAAUAAACAAUGGUGGACUCACUAUA